CACCAGCACCGGCGGAAGUAGAAUCAACCUCUCUUUCCGGGCGGCCAUAGCCGAGGCAGCAGCGGGUAAGAAUGGAAGGAGGAUUGUAAUCUGUUAUCAUCUGCCCACUGAGGGCCGAGACCCCGUUGCAGUUUACCGGGGAGCAUGCGGGGUGGAGGGGGCGUCGCGGUGGUUCCUAUAUUUGAGGCGGGAGGAACCGGUUUCUCCGUCGGAUCUGCUCACCUCUUUCCGUGGCCGGUUUGGGGCCUGGGAAUGCCUGGCAGUGGUGCGCUUCGCCCCAUAAUGCUCUCCGGUGGAAGUGCUGUCUGAGGAGGGCAUGGGAGGGAGAAAGUGGAUAGAAGGCCUGACGAUGGAACGCAUUCCCAGGUUAUGGGGACUCAGACGGUUGGAGUACUUUCUUUUCAUCUGUUGCGCGGCUUCCUAUAUCCAGUAGUACGAGUUGGAGUGUCUGGAUGCUUUCCCUUCCGCAUAAUGCGGAGCCACAUCUCCCAGCGUCAGGCUGAUAGGAGUUGGAAUCCAACGUCUGUAGGAUCGCAAAUUACCUAACUGCUGAUCCAACCUGAUAAAGCUGUUCCGUGUAUGUCUUUGAGCCUCACUUUCCAUACUACUGCUUAUGUUCUCUCAGCGUUUUACUGGGGUAUUGAGAUGUUUAAUUUUACUCCAUCCCCGUCUCUUGGGAGUCUGCUGCUUGUCCCAAUUAUUUUAGUGUUGUAGCUGCCACUGUUAAAAAUCCUAUGCACACUUUUUUGGGCAUAAUGAACACUGAGCAUAGCAAGAAUUACAGUAUUUCUCCUGAUACACAUUGCUACUGGUUUCAAUUCAGAUGAGCAACUUGAACUUUUAUUGCAUGAGCAUGAAUAUAAUAGUAGAGCAGACAUUGAUUUAUUGUGGCCAGAAUAUACUCAAUAAUGACUAAGCCAGAAUGCUCCUAUACCAAAUAAAUUAUUAUCUGGGCCUUAAGAAAUAUUGCGCUGAAAGCUUAUAACUCCAGUGCUGUGAAAGAAACAUUUUACAGGACAUUAAUAGAGUCAAAGUUAUAACUGAGCUUUAUAUAUGUCUUGUAAGCCUGACAUUCCAGUGUCAGGCUCACAACCCUCACCCCCACAGCUCCAAAUGUCUCAGACUUGCUUCUCUUAACUUUCUCAGGAUAUAUCCAAAGUGCAAAAGUAUCUUUGAGACCUUGGCUGCUAACAUGUUUUUUAGUUUGGGGGCGCUCUUUUCCAAUUAUUACAUUUUUUUGCUAAAUACUGUUUUAUUGAGGAAUGAUUGGUAGUCGUUGUUUUUCCUUGCUAGACUUCAGUGUGAAUAAUUUGCUGUGCAUAUUUUUUCCCUCCUCUAGUCAAAAUGAAGUUCAAUCCGUUUGUGACCUCAGACCGCAGCAAGAACCGCAAACGGCACUUCAAUGCGCCAUCUCACAUUCGCAGGAAGAUCAUGUCUUCUCCCCUUUCCAAGGAGUUGAGGCAGAAAUACAAUGUCCGUUCUAUGCCCAUCCGAAAGGAUGACGAAGUCCAAGUAUGUGUUUUGAGUUAUUGAUUUCUUCUGCGAAGAAUAAUGGUUUUGUUUUCAACUAAUAAAGGCAAUAGACGUCAGCGAGAUAAAUGGUUAGUUUUGAAAACAAUUUCUAAGCAACAUUUUGUGGGUUUCUUUAUGCAUCAAAUACCAAAUUCUAAACUGCAUGGAGAUCAGGCCUCGUUCACUCAAGCAGCAGUUUUAGGUGGUCACCUUUAAUGCAAUGUGUGGGUGCUGUCCCACAUAAGAAGCUGUUUUAUGCCAGUGUGUGGAAGCAAAAACAGCAAGUGUGCCUGCGGCAUUUCAGAUCAAGUGUGGUUUGGCUGAUUGCCAUACUAUCAAAGCCCUUUAAUUUCAAUCAAUUAAAAUUGUGUAAGAGUCGUGUCAUGCAAACACAUUUCUGCACUCUUCCUACCGCUUUUUUCCUGAUUUGUAGUGAUGUCCAAAUAGGUCAAACAAUGCUUAGUGAAAACCAGAAUUGGAAACUGGUAUGCAAACAAACUUCAAACUAGAAUUUCAUUGUUUAGCAUUAGCAUUCAUUGUUUGUGCCAGCCAUAGUUUGCCAGAUUUGGAUGUCAUGGUGGACCUAUUACUUGCAACCAGGAAGAGGGAAAUUAGCCAACAUCGGGAAGAGGAAGGUGGCUGUGUUCCCAUGGUACAAUCCCAAUGUCUGGUUUUUACAAUCUGGAACUGUGAUCUGAAGUGAACCCCCAGGAGAAGAAAACUAACAUAGUAGCAUUGUGCUAUGGAAAAAGAGCAUAGAAUGAAAGGCAUCUUAAUCACCCGAGCUGUCUCCUUGUCUUUGGGAUGAAGGUCAGUUAUGACAACUUUAUCCUCAUAAGAAUGGGAGGAAUUGCUGGAACACUGGGAGUAAUGCACAAGCAAGUCAAUGAAGGUUUUAAGAUUGCCUUCCAGCAUAUGGCUGGAAAUGGUGCUUUUUUGGUGUGCAGAUUUAUUUCUGUUCGAGUGAAAAAACAAAUUCAGUUUUCAGAUUAGCAAUGUAUUGUGGGUGCUUGCAAUAAAAACUUUUUAGCAUAGUAAAUAUUUAAUAUUGUAUCAGUCUUAUUGUCCCUGAAUCUAGUUUCCUGCCUGGCCUGUGUAAGAGAAAGUAUUUCCUCUUUAUUUAAUCCAAUGCUUAGUGCAUGAAAUUCUCUGCCGUAGAAAGGUGAUUACGAUACUGUGUAUAACAAUGAUACCUGAGAAUAUUAAAUAUUUUUUGUAUUUGUAGGUCGUCCGGGGUCAUUACAAAGGGCAGCAGAUCGGCAAGGUAGUCCAGGUAUACAGAAAGAAGUAUGUCAUCUACAUUGAACGCGUACAGCGUGAGAAAGCCAAUGGCACAACUGUACACGUCGGCAUUCACCCUAGCAAGGUAAUCUUGGCUGAGAUGGUAUUCAAGGGAAAUGCUCAUGUUUCUUGAAUUAUUCUGUUAAAUAGAGUGCAAUCCUGGUAGCUGUAGAUAACUGGCGUUACUUAAUUCUGCAAUCAGAACUCUCUUGUUUCCCCAACAGCAGUUGUUAAACAUGCAUGAUCAUCAAGAAAAAGAGGCACUUCAGGAGACCAAAACUUGGAACAAUCCAAGGAACUUUUUCAAAAAACAAAAACUUUCAUAUGUGGUGGUUAAAGAAUGUAAUCCAUAGAAAAGUAGCUGUCCCUUUAUAUUAACACUUUACAAAUAGUAAUUAUAUAUACAGUCGUACCUUGGAAGUUGAACAGCUUAGUUUCCGAACGUUUUGGCUCCUGAAUGUCGCAAAUCCUGAAGUGGCUGUUCUGGUUUGCGAACUAUUAUUGGAAGCUGAACGUCCGUCAGGGCUUUUGCGGCUUCUGAUUGGCGGCAGGAGCUUCCUGCAGUCAAUCAGAAGCUGUGCUUCAGUUUUUGAAUGUUUUGGAAGUCGAAUGGACUUCGGAACAGAUUCUGUUCAGCUUCAUUUAGUGAUUAUAAUGUUUAAGUCUAUAGCGUUAUGAAAAAAUAGAGAAUCAUAAUUGAGAGAACAAGGCAUCUGACCUAGCCCAAGUUACAAACUAUACAAAGUUCCUGGGAUAUUAGAAUUUUGAUAACUAAUUAUAGAAAGUAUAAAUUUCAGUCAAAGAUUAAUGAAGCUUAUUAGAGCAUAUGCAGAGGCGUGAUAUAAAGCAGGCAUAUAUCAAGGAUUGUCUAGUAUAUGCUAAACCAGGAAAGACACAAGUAGCGUAGGAUGAAAAUCAGCUUCAGCAGACUGGUUUUGAACUUCUAGCAGUGCUGAUUGGGGGUUGUGUGGAAGUUUUGGAACUUAAGACUUUCUGGCUCUUCAAGUUUGCUCUUGUUAAUAUGUUGAACAUGUUUAGAACAAAUAAAAGCAUGUUAACUGUUCCUCUUGAAACUCAGGGUAAUUGCUGUGCUUUCUCAAUAUUUACUGAUUGGGAUUGUUGAUUGCUCCAAAGCAUAGUGCAGAUGAUGAGGUGCAUCUGGGGCAAAAGCAGAAGUUCCAUAGCAGUAACACAGUCCAGUAUAGUCUGCUCUGUCUCUGCAUGACAGAAUACCUCCUGAUUCUUGUGUGGACAGGGACUGCAUGAACAGAUACGCUGUUCCUGGAAUAUUUUAACUGAUUGAUUCCAUUUUUCCUAAGAUUUGGGAAAGUACAAAUUGUGCCAUCAUUGUGCCAAUGCUUGUUCUUCCAUAGCAAUGGCAUCAAAGAAGUUCACUUUUUUCAUCUCAUUCAGAUUCCAUGAUGAGAGACUGGAUGCUGUUGGGUCUGUUAUAGCAUUGAAUUCAGACAAGAUUUGAGAGAGUGAUUGUUGGAAGGCCAUAUUGCCUGGAAGGGCACUGAUGGCCUUGGCCAUGAUGCUUUGAUAAAAUAAGUAGCUAUCAUCUACACAUUUAUAUCAGUGGUGCAGGGAUUUUACUGGUUUCUGUUGCCAUAAUUUGAAGUGCUGAUUUUGACAUCUAAAACACUUUGUUACAUGGGCAGUGUGUACCUUGGAAAUCUGCCUUUCUUCCUUUGCUUGAUGGAGGGUUAGUGAAGAGCUGCUUUCGUUCCCCCCAAUACAUGGGAAAAAUACAGACAGUGAGGACAUUGUCAUGCUUAUUGUCUGCAUUCCACUUUUGGAAUGUGAAAUCAGUUUUGUUGUCAGAAAUAGGGUGGUGAUCAAGGGUUGUGGGAUGUAUCAUUAUGCUUGUCAGACAUGAAAUUAAUUUUCUUCAAAGAAAAAGCUGGCAUGUUUAUCACGCCUUGGUGAAAUAGUUUGGGGGGAAAUUAAUAAGGAAAAAAAGUGAGACAUAUGUGCAUUGUUCCUUUGGCAGUAAGACACUUUGCAUCACAUUGAAUGAAGUUUUAAGGCUUCACUACAAUUUAGAUAAAAGUUGUUGUGGUAUAGUGAGCCAGUGGGCUAGGGACUGGGAAACAGAAUCCCGCUUAACCCUGAAGCUCAAUUGGGUGACAUUGGGCCUAACUUAGGUGGGUUACAAAUACGUUUGUUAUCCUUUGGAGGCCUUACUCAAAGCAGCCACCAUAUAUUGUAUCUUGGCUGAAGCUUCUUCUUGCUCAGAAACAAGAUUAGCUCUAUGUAUGUUAUGCCAGUAAGAGUAGGAUUUAUUUUGAGAAAAUUUAAACUGAGACUAGCACAUAGCAAAAAGCUGACAUUAGUGUCCUGUUACUGUGUGCUGGUAUUCUUGCAUGCUGUAAAGUGAAGUAGGUAAGUCUUCCAGAUGUUUUCUCACAUGAAUAUUGCCUUCUACCCAGUAACAGAGAAGUUCUUAAAUGAGCUCUCCUAGUUCUGAAAUUUGGCCUCUGCUCAUAAAGCUCAAUCCAGCCCUCCCAUUUUCCAGUUUCCCUCCACUUCCCUCUUUCCACAUUUGCAAAUUUACCAAGUUGCAAGGUUAGACAGUGUGGGGGAGAGAAGGAAAAACCCCGUUGAGAUUAAAGCCCAAAACUGUUUCCUCUGUGACUCAUCUAGUAGAAGGAAUAAAAAUGAAUAAUUGUUAGGGUUCCUAUAAUUUUUAGGAACUAGAGAGUUCAAACAUACUCAGAAGCAAAUCCUCUUGGCUGCCAUUUUCCCUCUUCUCUUCCGUCUCCCUCCACCAUGCUGCUUGAUGAGCCUAGCCAAUGAUACUGGCAUACAAGAGAGCUGGAAGUGGUGGAGGAACUACCACCAAGUUGGAGAAUUAUUGGAAGAAGCCUGUAUUUUUUCUGAGAAUUCCUCAAAAAUACUAUUAAAAUUGCCAUACCAAGUAAGGAUAAGCAGUGCUUGCAUACUUCCAGUUUGUAGAUACUUGAGGAUGAACUAUUAGAACUUUUAUACUGAGUCAUUAGACCAGAAACAAUGCUUGCUACUGUUUUUACUGCUUAGGUAUCAGUACUGCAGUGUUAUUACUCUAAUCAAAUUAGAUGGAAAAAUAUCAUCUGCAUCUGAGUGGUGGGAUGAAGCUAAUCCCAAGCACCAAUUAGGGUAUUCGUGCAUAAUAACCAAAUGUUACCUGAAGCCAUUAUGUUACUGUUGCUUGGAUAAAUUCCGGCUUCUGCAGCUUGAGAAUGGGAUGCUUGUGAUGGAUGUGCUCUCAGACAGAAGGUGGUUCAUUUUUCAGGGAUUGUUUGGGCCUCUGCUAAAUUAACCCUUAUUAAUCCCUGACAGUUUUGCUGAUUCUACAUUGUUACGCUGGUUGUCUGGUCACAUACUGUUUACUGACUGCCUUUUUGGUCAGAUGUUCCUGGGAGCCUAAUGCUGAUAUGACCAGAUAAUUGGCUUGCUCCCUAUUUAGUACAAUUGCCUUUAAAAACCAACAUUUCUUCUUAAUGUUGUUGCUUUGCUUCAGUGCUCAGGAGAUUUCAUUUUUAAGCCAUGUUUCUUGUUUUACAAUAACCAUAGUGCAUAAUUCUGCUCACCAUAGUUGCCGUAGCAGUAGUGAUGAGCCCUAGCUUUGUUCUUGACGUUGGAAUUAGGGAAUGGGUAGGGUGGGAUAUCACCCUGAGUUUUGUUGUGGUUCUUUAGAUGUUUCAAGCAUAACAUGACAAACAAAAGCCCCAGUCCUUUGCUUGAGUUUGGAGCUGGAGCGACUGUUCCAAAUUGGAACUUUGGAAGUGCUUAUGGGUUCCCCCAGUCCACUUUCAAACUCCCAAGUGACAUUAAUUGAGUUUCAGAUGCGCAAUGUGACUGUCAUAACUUUGCAUGAGUUGUCAUAAUACUGAAAUCAUUCAACCCUUUUCUCCUUUCCAUCAAAUUCAGGAGUGACAGUGAACAUUCUGCCCAAGUGUCUGGUGUCAGUAAUGGUCUGGAUAAGGACUAAUAAACUGAGGGUCAAUCCAGACAAUUGGUCGUAUAGGGUGGUUCCAUGAACAGGAGAAGUGGUGUUUGGCCUCUUUGGAAUAGAUUGCAUUUCCUUUAAGGAUCACACUUGUCACUUGGGAGUGGAAUUAAUGUAUGGCAGCUAGGUUGUUAAUGCCAUUCAGCAAUUUUCAGUUAACAGUCCCUGUUUUCUAGUUAGUUACAAAUCAAAGCACUCAGAAGAGAGCCUUUGCUGUGCUGGUGUCCUGUUUGUGAAAUUCCCUCUCUGAAGACACUGGCUGGUUAUUUAUUUUUGUUCUUGAGUUGUUCUACUGUAGACUUGAUAGAUUUGGGGGGAAAGUUUUAUUUUUCAUACUUGCUUUGUUUUUGUUCUCUGAGUUGUAUUGACAAGUUUUUUGAGCAGAAAGAUGGGAUAUAAAUAUUGUAAUAAAAUUUUAUCUUGACUCCCUAGGUGGUGAUUACAAAACUAAAGCUGGACAAGGAUCGUAAGAAAAUAUUGGAACGUAAAGCAAAGUCUCGCCAAGUUGGCAAAGAGAAAGGAAAGUACAAGGAGGAAACAAUAGAGAAGAUGCAAGAGUAAAAUGGACUCUUUUGUGAAACCCAUUAAAGUUUCAAUAAAAUCUAACCUGCAAGUGUUC